AUGGGUAGUCGUCGCCAGUCCGCCCUGAGCAAAUCAAUCCGCUCAGCUCUAUUCCGCGACCCAAACGACUUCAACAGAACAACCACCGGACAUAUCCAGGUCCUAUUCAGCAUCUACUAUAUUGAGCUCCUACGCUAUGCCGACAUCCUCUUCCAGCGAUUGCGCAAUAAUGUCUGGCAGAUCGACGAGAACGAGUAUCUGGAGUGUUUCUCGGCCGCGGAUCGAGUGAAGUCUAUGGGGGACUUGGGGUUCUCUGGAUCGACGUUCUUUAGUACCUCCAACUCGAAAUUCCUAAUCAAAUCCCUACCGCGACACUUCGAACACUCGUUCUUCCGUCGCGACCUCCUGCAGCCGUAUUAUAUGCACAUGUGCACGAAGCCCGACUCCCUCCUCGUUUGGAUAACAGACUAUGUCUUCGCGCCGUACGUCACGAUCGGAAGCCUACUGCGAACAACCCCCGCACACCACAUCAUCAUGGAGAACAUGCUGUGUGGGAAGAGCGAUGACCUUGCGAAAGACCAGUGGGAGACGUACGAUCUCAAGCCGGUGGACUACUUCUACCCGGAGCGCGACCUGGUUCCUGAUUAUUUGCUGGAUGAAAAAACUAUGGAGAAACUAGGGGAUAGAUUGGAGGAUAAAAUCCGUCUUUCAUCAGGGGAUUUCGAAGAUUUGAUAGGCACUCUGCGCAUCGAUACAAACUUCUUGCAGGAGUCGAAUGCGGUCGAUUACUCGUUAUUCCUUGUCCGGUACCCCGCUAGUUCGACGCCCGCGGUUGUGGGGAGGAAGAAUCGAUGGCGAGUUGGAGUGCCGUCUUCUGAUGCGAAGUGGAAGUAUCGCGUCGUGUUGUUGGAUUUCUUCUGGGCGAGGCACAAGUUGCAUGCUCAGGCUAUGACGGGAGUGGUGCAGACGUUUAAUAUGAUUGGGCGGCAGGGGCCUAUGACUAUCACGACUACGGCGGAGGAGUACCGGGGGAAGUUCUUGGAGAUGGUGGAAGCUAUGGUGGAGGUGCAUGAAGAAGAAUACUAA